AUGGAUCACAAUCACCUGAUGAAGAAGAAGCAUUAUGAUCAUCUUCCCAAGCCGAGAAGAAUGAGCCCGGAAGAAAAGAAAAAAGUUGAGGAACUUUUAUCAGUGAAUGACAAAAGCCUUACGGAAAGAGACGCCUUAAAAAACAGCUUGCUAUCCUUCAAAGUUAAUUUGAUAAAGUCUGCCUAUCAUACUUUAAGAGCUUUCAACCUCGAAAUAACCACCGAAAAAAGACACAUAACACCAACUGCGAGAGACGAAGCUAAAAAAAUAUUGCAAGAAUUAGUUUAUGCGGAAACAGAAGAAAAUUAUCAGAAAUUACAUGGAAAAUUGAAAACGAUGCCACAAUCUAUUGUUGAUUAUUUUGACACAAAUUGGCAUGAAGAUCGGAAAGAGUGGUCAUUGUCAUCGAAUAAUACUCAGCACAAUUUUUUGAAUGGCACUAAUAAUCCUUUAGAGUCUUUGAAUGCUAAAAUAAAAAAAGAUUUAAAUCGGUACAUAAGCCUGAAAGAGUUUGUGAAGCAGAUUUUAAUUUUCAUGGAAUGUUCACACAAGGAACGUGAUCAUAAAGCGACUGUUUCCUAUCAAAAAUCUCGUUCACUACCUUAUGAUUCAGCUGAAUAUCGAUGGACCCGUAAUUAUUAUUUUGGAGCACAAACAGUAUUUCGUCCAUCUGAAGAUCAACCAGAAAUACCAGAGUCUGUAUUGUCAUCGAUAACUUUUAAGAAAAAAGUUUUAUUGGAGCACCAAAAAUAUAGAAAAGCUAACGAAGUUGAACAAAAAUUACCGAGUUUGGUUGCAGGACCAAUAAUCGAAUACAGUGACGAUGAAGAUAGAAAUGAUAUUAGUGAUAAUGAUGAGAAUAUUAUCCGUGAUAAUGAUAAGAAAAAUAUUGGUGAUAUCGAUGAAAAUGAUUUUGAUGAUAACAAUAAAAAUAAUUUAGAGGAUAACGAUGAUAAUGGCAAUGUUGUCGAUGAUGAUGACGAUGACAUUAAUUACCCUGAUGACAAUAGAGAUGAUAAUGAUAGGAAUGAAACAGGUUUAAAAUAG